AUGUUAAAAAUGAUGCUUGCCUGCUGCAAGGUAUACAUCUCUGAAAGCCGAAACAGGUCUGCACUUGAGGUGAUUGAACGAGCAGCUAAACAAUUUCCAGAAGCAGCAGUGCUCAACAAGUUCGAAGAUGAAAUCUACAAUAGGGUUGGCUACACAGUUGUGUCUAGAUUGGCUCAGAAGUCGCCCUCAGAUUCAUGUCCUUUGAGAAGUGCUGUAUUAGCAAUGGUUAAGGCUGCAUUUGAUGCGAUUGACCUUGAGUCGCAUAGCGGAAGUCAUCCUAGGCUUGGGGUUGUUGACCACAUCUGCUUUCAUCCCUUGGGUCAGACUUCUCUGGACCAAGUGGCCACCAUUGCAAGGUCCUUGGCAGUUGACAUUGGCUCUGGUCUUCAAGUACCUGCUUUUCUGUAUGGAGUGGCCCAUGAAGAUGGUAGGACACUCGAUUCAAUUAGAAGAGAGUUGGGGUAUUUCAAGCCUAAUGCAAGUGGAAACCUGUGGAUAGGUGGUCCAAAUUCACAGUUCUUGCCCCUGAAGCCAGACGAAGGUCCACCUCAAGCAGCCCAAGGAAAAGGGGUCAUUGUGAUUGGAGCAACUCGAUGGGUAGAUAACUACAAUGUCCCUCUAUAUUCUAGUGAUAUAGCCACUAUCCGAAGAAUUGCAAAACGAGUGAGUGGAAGAAGAGGCGGAAAAGCCAUGGCACUCACUCACGGUGAUGGUAUCAUUGAAGUGGCAUUGUUGAUCCAAGUAAAGUUGGAGCAAACGAUGUUCAGCUCGAAGUUGAGCGACUUGCAAGGGAGGAGGGUUUGUCUGUGGGGAAGGGGUAUUUCACCGACUUCUCACAGGAGGAUAUAA